CAUGCUUAUUCGGGAGAGCGCGGAAGUUUUGAAAAGCUUGUGUUGUCGGUAGCACUUCGUUCGUCAAAAGUCAACAAUGCCUGGGAAAAGAAAGAAGAAGUCGACGCCAAAGGGAAAGAAUGCAAAUACUAGUGGAAAUUCCUCUGGUGCCUCAAGUGAAUCUGAAUGCUCAAAGACGUUGGAAAUACUGAACAAAAUUUCAUCAAGGUUUAUGGGUCCGUGUCAUAAAAAGAAUGGUCGCAGAAAACAACUGACCUCAGAGAUUGGAUAUGAGGCUGAUGAAGAGGCUUCAACCACAGGUACAUCCGACAUGAGUAUGCAGUCUCCUGCCCCUGCUGAGACCAGUCUGUACGACUUCGAUGAGUCUGAUUCUGAAAUGCAGAUCUCACCUUUGCAAGUAAAAAGUAAAAAAUCUAAGGCAAAAACCAGUACCACUCGGUCGAAAAAUAUUUCUACAGACAAGAAACAAAAGCCAGUGGACCCAGCUGUCAAGAAAGGAAAGAAAUCAAAUGCAUCAAUAAAAAACUCUGAUGUUAAAAUAGUGAAGACUAAAUCCAGUGUGGUGAAAAAAAACAAUAAACAGAAUCAGGAGAAUACUCCAAUAAAUGUGAAAUCUAAAAUUAAAUCCCCGAAAGUCAGUCCGGGGUCAAUAAGUAGUGAUUCUCCCAUGUUCAGUAAAACACCAGUGGUCACCUUACAGAGACUUGACCUGUCCAAUGUGGAGGGAUAUCAUUCCUUCCAAAGACAGUUACGGAAAAGAAAAUGUGAAACACCAAUGGAUCAAGCUACUCCACAGUUCAAACCAAAGUUACCUAAACCAGCACCAGUUCUGAAAAAUGUCACCUCGUCUGGCAAGCGUCAACAGAGGAAAAGGGACAGCGGUGUGCUUAUGUCCCCUCCGUCCAUACAUAAGAUUCCUGCCCCAGCAUCAACAGAUACCUCAACACCCAGUUAUGUAGUUCCUCGAGGAAGACCAAAACAGCCUGAUCAUAGUCUUUUAAAUGAAUCCUGCUUCGGUUUCGAUAGUGUGUCAUAUGCAGCAGACACACCAUUGCAGAUGUCCCCAGUCAAAACAAAGGCAUUGCCACCAUUAACGCCUCUCUCAGAUUAUGUCUCCAUGGACUCGAUGCAAAUCUCCUGCGAUGAGAUAUUUCGACGACAGUCAGUGGAAAACGAUGCAGAUGUGCCAGAAUUGUUCUCCAUGGAACAGGAUGAUUUUUCACUUAAUAGAAGUACCACCAAGUCGUACAAAUCAUCUUCAAAGAGACGGCCCAAGAAAGUUGUGUCAGCGACAUCAAGUAAACUGAAAGAUUUAAAAAAAACAAAGACAGAUGUCAUUGCAGAUAAAUUCAACACAGAAUUUGAUGAAAUCGAGAAAUUUCAACUCAGCAUUGAAGAAAUGUAGUCCAAUCCAGUGCAAUCGCUUAACAGAACUAACUUUUGAAUUUUGUUUUCCCAAACAUACAGCAUUUUGUGUGUUUUUAAAGAGAAGAAAUAUCCUUACUGUGCCCAACAGAACAGUAAUCAGAAUUGGACAUUGUUGUAUAGCGUUAGAGCGGCCCGAUGUAUGAAUUUUGUACAUUUUUCCUGUCAGAAAAUAUAGUUGUUACUUUUAUAGAUAUCAAUUUUUUCCUGUUUUGCUUCAAACAUUUCGUAAAAUUGAAAAUUUUAGACAUGAAAAAAAUUAGUUUUAUGGCAGUGUUGAUGGCAGUCUAAGAAUGGGGGCAGUGUUGUCGGCAGUCUAAGAAUGGCAUAUAUCAAUUUCAGACUUAUCAGUAUUCAGUUAGGGUGUAUUGUAUCAAUACCACUGCAGAUGAAAAAUUAGAAUCUCUAAAAUAGUGGUCCUCCUUCAAUGAACAAAAAUAUAUAAGUUAGUUAUAAUUAUGUUUCCAAAAAAAUGUUACUAUCGAACCCCUUUCAGUAUAUGGAAACAGAACAUGAGAAUCCGAAUAGUUUUAAAGUUCAAUUCAGGAGCAUUUUAGUAUCAAACGUACACGGUAAAGAUGAAUGUCUUACAACAGAUUACAUGUACCAUGUGAACCUUUUAAGUUCCAGUUGGAGGUUUGGUUGGUUGAAUGAGGUUGUUUUAUGGAAUUACGGUGUAUAUGAAGGAUAGAUUUGGUGAUCUUAUUUUGUUUUCUGACGACCCUUGACCCUUUCAGUGCCUGUACAUGUAUUUACAACUACAGGUCCAUCAAGAUUUGUGUCUGAAAUGUUACACAUUAAGACUGGUUUGUAUAUAUCAAGUAGAUCUGCUAUUAUAUUUGUAUAGUAAUUUGCCAAUAUAUCAUUAUCAUAUGCCUAUUGAAUUUCGAUAGAGAAAUUGUGGUAUAGUGUCUGCAUCUGGUAAUCCAUCUGUCAACAGUUGGUUAAAUGUUUAAUGAAAUUUCUUCAGUGAUCUACAGUUCUGUCAGAUAAGGUGUUAUUGUCCUUCUGAUUGGUAUGGAUGUUCUUGUGGGGUGAAACAUAGACAAUAUCGAUUUAAUCUGGGAAAAUAAUUUAAGUUUAAUUAGCUUUUGACAUGUUUGGGACUUCAAUUUUUUUUUAUUUUUUUUGUCUAAGGUUUGGUACAGGUAUCUUCAUUUGUCUACAAUUCACUCAGAUAAUUUUAUUGUCCUAAUUUUGGACUUGCUUGUACUUGUGGAGGUCUACCGGUCUAACAAGGGUAAUAUGGAUUUAAUUUGGGGGAUGAUUUUUUUUCAUUUGGGAUUUUACUUUAUUGGUGGCCAUUUUUGUCAAGUCCAGACAAUAUUUUGGCCCAGCCUUUACAAGGAUCUUAUAAUCAAGAUUAGAGAUGCUGAAAUUGUCCUACGUCUUCCUUUUCCAUGAACUUAGUUGAAAUUAUAAGGUAGGGACAGACUGGAGAAUUAUGUAUUUAUUUGUGGUGCUCUUGAAAAGUCCUGAUAUGAGUCUGUUGACAAAGGUUUACCACCUUUAUUAAUAUAUUAUGUAGUAUCGUGUAAGGAUUAACACGUAUCAUGUACAAAGUGUAUAUACAUGUUUAGUGGCUACUUUGCAACUGUGUAUAAUAUCUGGAAUCUUUUAUUGUAAUACAUUUACAGAUGUGUUACUUAAUUGAUAAAUCAUGUUUUACAUGUAUAUGCCAGCAUAAGUACAUGGUAUUGGGUAGGUCUGGUGUCUGGUGUAUAGAGAAUUGUUGUUCAUGUACACACCGGUGUGACUGGACUAGUGUCUGGUGUCUGGUGUAUAGAGAAUUGUUGUUCAUGUACACACCUGUAUGACUAGUGUCUGGUGUCUGGUGUAUAGAGAAUUGUUGUUCAUGUACACACCGGUAUGACUAGUGUCUGGUGUAGGUGUACAUAGAAUUGUUGUUCACCUACACACCGGUAUGACUGGACUAGUGUCUGGUGUAGGUGUACAGAGAAUUGUUGAUCAUGUACACACCUGUAUGACUGGACUAGUGUCUGGUGUAGGUGUACAGAGAAUUGUUGUCAUGUACACACCUGUAUGACUAGUGUCUGGUGUAGGUGUACAAAGAAUUAUUGUUCAUGUACACACCUGUAUGACUAGUGUCUGGUGUAGGUGUACAGAGAAUUAUUGUUCAUGUACACACCGGUAUGACUAGUGUCUGGUGUAGGUGUACAGAGAAUUGUUGUUCAUGUACACACCGGUAUGACUAGUGUCUGGUGUAGGUGUACAAAGAAUUAUUGUUCAUGUACACACCUGUAUGACUAGUGUCUGGUGUAGGUGUACAGAGAAUUGUUGUUCAUGUACACACCGGUAUGACUGGACAAGUGUCUGGUGUAGGUGUACAGAGAAUUGUUGUUCAUGUACACACCUGUAUGACUAGUGUCUGGUGUAGGUGUACAGAGAAUUGUUGAUCAUGUACACACCGGUAUGACUAGUGUCUGGUGUAGGUGUACAGAGAAUUAUUGUUCAUGUACACACCGGUAUGACUGGACUAGUGUCUGUGUAGAUGUACAGAGAAUUAUUGUUCAUGUACACACCAAUAUGACUGGACUAGUGUCUGUGUAGAUGUACAGAGAAUUGUUGAUCAUGUACACACUGGUAUGACUGGACUAGUGUCUGGUGUAGGUGUACAGAGAAUUGUUGUCACGUACACACCUGUAUGACUAGUGUCUGGUGUACAGAUAAUUGUUGUCAUGUACACACCGGUAUGACUAGACUAGUGUCUGGUGUAGGUGUACAGAGAAUUGUUGUUCAUGUACACACCGGUAUGACUGGACUCGUGUCUGGUGUAGGUAUACAGAGAAUUGUUGUCAUGUACACACCGGUAUGACUAGUGUCUGGUGUAGGUGUACAGAGAAUUGUUGUUCAUGUACACACCGUUAUGACUGGACUAGUGUCUGGUGUAUAGAGAAUUGUUGUUCAUAUACAUGCUGGCAUAAGUAUAAAAAUCCUGUUAACUAUGAAAGAUGACCAUCCACCAUAUUAAGUUGGGCAAGAUGCCUGUCAGUGUAACAAUUCAUUGUAAAAUGCCAUGGUUUUAAAUGUUGAUAUUAAAAACUAACUGGUAGAAUAAAGUUUGAAGUUAAGAUUUUGGUUCAUUAAAACAUUGAUUUUGUUGAUUAGCAAAUUAAAUAUGACAGCCUGUCACUAAUUAAAAAAAAAAAUGUAAUGAAAAUUUAUUAAUUUUUACAUCACAUCUACAGGGUACACACACAAUAAUAAUAAAAAAAAAUCAUUUUUAUCUAUACAUUUUUGAUCUUAUGUACAUGUAUUUGAAAUAUGAAAAAUAAAUGUCUUUUCUUGUACCUUUAAUUUACUACAUGUAUAUUUAAUUUAUGCAAAGUAUAUUGAUAAAAUGUCAAACAAAUCUUUUGUCUUCCUGCUUUUGUGCUGAAUACAACCUGUAAGUGUUGUUUAGAAUUAUGUCCUAUUUCCCAAAGUUCCAAGAAGUUAUCAAUACCAGCAUCAUGAUGUUUAGUUUACUGAUUACAAGUGUUCAUGUUGUUCUUUAUUACUUUAAACCAUUUGGUUCAUCAGUACAGUACAAGUAACCAUGCACUAGAGUGAUGUUACAACUUGCGGAAAUAUUUGGUAAUGUUUUCGAAAUUUAUCAUGAUUUUGAUUCAAUUCUUUUUUCUUUCUUUUUUUGCGUUAAAACUUACUUGAAAACAAUUUUUUUUUAUUACAUCCUAUACCCCUGUACAUGUAAUAAAAUGACAAUUAAAUGUUGAAAAUAUUUGGAUUUUUUUUUUUUGUUACGUUUUUUUUAUAACUUUCAAUUAUUUCAUAUUAGAUUGUUGUUCAUCAAAACUAAAUUGUGAACAUUACUUUUUGAAAUUGAAUCAAAUCAAUUCCACCUAAAUGAAUAAUGUCUGUAUCACCUGUGUUCAUUUGCUUUAGAAAUUUUAUAUUCUAAUAUGUAUCUGAAAUGUUUAUAGCUUCUAUGAUUGCCCUCGUCUCCUCGUCUCCUCUUCUCCAUGAGCAUAUGUUUUACAAUUUUUCUCCUGUACUUCUUCAGCAUUUUUAUUCUGGCCUUUUUGAAAAAAUACAUCCAAUAUGAAAUACAAUAUGAUGAAGGUAUGCUAAUCAAAAAAAUUUUCUCAACACAUCAUUAAUUAUGUCUGGUGGUAAUUUUUCCUUUAAUAGAUGACUAAGACAUGUCGGGUUUUUAACUCUGAUCAUGAAUGUUUCAUUAUGUUUUUUAUUUCAUUUUUUUAUAUACAUAUAAAACAACAUAUCAUUAUAUACCUGCUAUUUCUCAGUCUCCUUCAGUUAAAAGUUCUUGUCUGUAUGAAAUGGUCAUGAGUACAAUAAAUAAUCCUGUUGAAAGUUAA